AUGGUGAACUGGAAAUACGACCUGUUCCUCUACUUUAUGGGCAACCUCGUCAAUCUGUUUUUCAGGGAAGUCGUGCCGCGGGGCUCGUGGAGGGUUCCGCAGACGGGACCGGUGCUCUUUGUCGCUGCGCCGCAUGCGAACCAGUUUGUUGACGCCAUUCUCCUACAACGCACGCUGCGCCUCGAUGCUAAUCGUCGAGUAUCCCUCCUGAUUGCGCAAAAGUCUGUCCACGGCUUCAUCGGCUGGGGGUCCCGCCAAGUCGGCUCCGUGCCCGUCGGCCGAGCGCAGGACGCCGCGAAGCCCGCGACGGGCCUCAUCUACCUCCCAGAUCCCAUCAACGACCCGACGCUGAUCCGCGGCGUGGGCACCAAAUUCGGCGAGGGCGAGGGUGAGCCGCAGGGCAUGUUGUUUCUGCCGCCGGGCAAGAAGACGUCGGGGGAGAGUGUCCACAUCGACCAGAUCCUCGGCCCCGAGGAGAUUCGCAUCAAGCGGCCGUUCAAGACGCAGCUGGCUCUCCAGCAGCUCACCGGGCGCGACGACAUCGACGAGGAGGGCCGAUUCACCAACAAGUCCGCCAACGGCCCGGCGCCGGGAUUUAAGGGAACCAAGUUUAAGCUCGCGCCGCAUACCGACCAGUCCAAGGUGUACGAGGCCGUCUUUGCGCGCCUGAGGAACGGCGGCUGCGUCGGCAUCUUCCCCGAGGGCGGCAGCCACGAUCGCUCCGAGCUGCUCCCCUUGAAGGCCGGCGUGGCCAUCAUGGCCCUGGGGGCGCUGGCCGAGGCGCCCGACUGCGGCCUCAAGAUCGUGCCCGUGGGCAUGAACUACUUCCACCCGCACAAGUUCCGCUCUCGCGCGGUCAUCGAGUUCGGCCCGCCCUUUGAGAUUCCGCGGCACCUGGUGGACAUGUACCGCAACAAUCAGCGCCGAGAGGCCAUCGGCCAGGUCCUCGACACCGUCUACCAGGCGCUCAGCUCCGUUACCGUUUCGGCUCCGGACUACGACACCCUGAUGAUGAUCCAGGCGGCGCGACGGCUCUACAACCCCACGGGCAAGAAGCUGCCUCUGCCGGUGGUGGUUGAGCUGAACCGCCGUCUGGCCAUGGGCUACGAGCGCUACAAGAACGACGAGAGGAUAACCAGCCUGUCCAAGAGUGUCAAGGAGUACAACUCACAGCUGCGCUAUCUCAACCUCAAGGACCACCAGGUGCAGUACGCCACCAUGUCCAUCUGGAAGGUCAUUGUGCUCUUCAUCUACCGCUCCAUCAAGCUGCUGGUCCUCUUCCUCUGCACGGUGCCCGGCCUCGUCCUGUUUUCGCCCGUCUUUGUGGCCACGAAAAUCAUCAGCAGGCGCAAGGCCAAAGCGGCGUUGGCGAGCUCAACUGUCAAGAUUCGCGGACGCGACGUCAUGGCUACAUGGAAGAUUCUCGUUGCCUGCGGACUGGCACCCACGCUGUACCACUUCUACUCGAUUAUCGUCGUGUGGAGGGCGUGGUACGACCGUCUCUGGGGUUACUUGCCAGAAUGGAUGCCCCUGAUCCUGGUGUACUUUGCCACUUGGGUGGCGUGGAUGGUCAUAUCCAUCGCCGCGCUGCGGUUCGGUGAGGUCGGGAUGGACAUCUUCAAGUCGCUGCGGCCGCUGGUGCUCUGCCUGGUUCCGGCAUCCGACUUCAACAUUCACAAGCUGAAGCAGAGGCGGGCGGAGCUCAGCGCCCAGGUGACGGACCUGAUUAACACGCUCGGGCCGGAGAUGUUCCCCGACUUUGAAAAGACACGGCUGGUUCCGGACAUCUCCAAGGUCGAGACGGGAGGAACCCAGGCGGCGUCGUCCACCGAGGCGCGCGCCCGGCGAGACAGCGACCAGUCCAGCGCAGGUGCCGGUGCGGAGUCGCCGCCGCCGCCGUUACGGCGCAGCACGACACAAUCCAGCCGCUUGCUGCCUCGCAACGACUCAUUCAGUAACAUUGGCAGGGUCGGCAUCUUCUCAACACGACCGCCAUCGCGAUCACGGAGCCGCUCCAACAGCUCGGGCGGUGGCUUUGGCUCCAGCGGGUUCCACAUCAGUGGGUUCACGACGCUGGAUUCCAAGGAUGGCUUCAAUGAGGCCAGCCGCAAGAUUAGAGAAGCGAUGAAGGACAGGCGGAAGAAGUCGGACAAGGUCAAGAUGGAGGCGGGUAAGAAAAUGGCCGUGUCCCUCAAAUCCCUCGUCAGCUCCGUCCUCAGCGCGGUGCCCGGCGGCGUGGCCAGCGCCAUCACGGGCCCGUCGUCGGACACGGGGCCGGCGGCCAUGGAGGCGCUGUUCCCGCGGACGCGGCCCGAGGCCGACGGCGACGAGUGCCUGCACGACUGCGACAGCUGCUCCGUCAAGUACCCGCGCGGCUUCAAGGUGGACGAGGAGGACGUGCUGUACGGGCAGGUCAAGGGGUGGAGCACGCAUGUGCUCGUCGGGACGGGCAAGACGGACUGGGUGCGGGACGUGGCGGACGAGAGGGGGAGCGUGAUGGAGGCGAUCCAGAAGGUUGGGGGGGUUACGAAUGGGAGACUCAUGCUGUCCGCGUCCAACCUGCCGACGCCUCACGACACAACCGACUACUCGGAGCCCACCACCGUCCUGCUCCUCCCGGCCUUUUGCCUCGUCCACAACGUCCACCCGCGCAACGUGCCCCAGCUCAUCGCCGACGUCGUCAACCGCGCGCCCACGACGUCCUCCCCGCUGACCCCCUGGCAGUCCUCCAUCCCCUCCUCCCUCCCCAGCCCGGACGCCUCCUCCUCCUCCCUGCCCUCCCUGCCGCCCCUGACGGUCGAGUCCUGCCCGCACAGCGCCGUCAUCCUCAUGUGCAGCCAGCGGACGCGCGACGCGCGCUGCGGCCAGAGCGCGCCGCUGCUGCGCAAGGAGCUGGAGCGGCACCUGCGGCCCCUGGGCCUGUACCGGGACCUGCACGACGAGAGGCCGGGGGGCGUGGGCAUCUACUUCAUCAGCCACGUGGGCGGGCACAAGUAUUCGGCCAACGUCAUGGUGUAUCGGCGGCCGAAUGCCUUUGGCAAGGAUGACGAGCCGUUGCCGGAGGGCGUGGACGAGGCUGUUGCGGCCAAGGACGAGGAGGCGGAGGGAGGAGAGAAGGAGAAGGAGAAGGAGAAGGGGGAUGUGGGUGCUGCGCAGUGCAUCUGGCUGGCGAGGGUGAGGCCGGAGGACUGCGAGAACUUGGUGCGGUAUACGGUUUUGAAGGGCAAGGUGGUGAAGCCCGAGAGGCAGUUGAGGGGAGGGUUCGAUAGGAGGAAAGGGUUGAUGAGUUGGUGA